AUGCCAUAUUUUGCUUCACCUCGUCAUGCGUCAUCUUUUCAUGUUCAUGUAAAUUCAGAAAGUCAUCUCAAUUAUGCUCGACUUUUACAAUAUAAUGCAUGCUAUGAAGCAAUGCCAGCAAGCUCAAAAUUAGUUAUAUUUGACACUGAACUACAUCUUAGAAAAGCUUUCAAUGGAUUAAUUUAUCAAAAUACACGUCAUGUGCUGUUAUCAGAAUCAGAGUUUGAUGGCAGUAUUGUUGGUAUUCUUUCCGUUACAGACUUUAUACGAGUAUUACUUCAUAUAUCAGAUUCUUUUGAUUUUGAGGAUAUUGGAAAAUUUACUAUUAAGCAGUAUCGUGCUGCUCGACUUUUAAGUACUCAUCGGAUUCACCGACUACCAGUUAUGGAUCCAAAAACCGGUUGCCCAUUAUUUAUUCUCACUCAUAAAAGAAUACUCAAAUUCAUGUGGCUCUUUGGUCAGUCGUUAUCUCUUCCAGAUUAUCAUUUUAAAUCAUGCAAGCAGCUUGGUAUUGGUACUUGGUGUGGCAUUCGCGUGGUAUUUCCUGACACAGCAUUAGUCGAAUGUUUAGAUAUAUUGCUUAAUAAAGGUGUCAGUGGUUUACCAGUUGUAGAACAUAAUACGUUUAAAGUAAUUGACAUGUAUUCUCGUUUUGAUGCCAUCGGCAUCGCUCUCGAGGACAAGAUCAAUCAUUUGGAUGUCACUGUUGCUGAAGCUUUAGCCUUUCGAAAUACAAUACGAGAUGAACGAAACCGUGUGGUUUCUAUAAAUCACAAAGAUUGUUUAUGGAAGGCUCUAACAGUACUUGUUGAACGAAAUGUUCAUCGUCUAGUUGCUGUAGAUGAUAGUGGAAUUAUUCAGGGUUUAAUUUCUCUGUCCGAUGUAAUGAAUUAUAUGGUCAUCACACCAGGUGAAAAUUUAGAAGCUUCAAGCCCAUAUUUGCGCAGAUGUGCAAAACAAAAUUCGUAA